UGCACGACUAAUCUGAGGACUCACAUGGAGAAGGAGUUCACUUAGAAAGAAAUGCUUGUGGCAUGUGUCUGCUUCUCCUCCUUUUAUAUGAACCAAAAGCUUGGGUAUUGGGCAACAAAAGAUGGAAGGCCUAAAAGCAGAGGGAAUGGAGAGCCAGAACCAGCUCCCACAAUCAGAGCAUCAAGGCAGAGGCACCACCUUCCUUAAAACUUGCUUCAAUGGGAUCAAUGCUUUGUCAGGUGUGGGGAUACUGUCACUUCCAUAUGCACUUUCUCAAGGAGGGUGGCUGAGCUUAAUUCUUCUUCUCCUUGUAGCAAUUCUGUGUUGGUACACAGGGUUACUUCUACAACGGUGUAUGGACACAAAUCCUGUCAUCAAAAGUUAUCCUGAUAUAGGUGAGGUAGCUUUUGGAUACAAAGGAAGAGCCAUGAUAUCCAUUUUCAUGUAUCUUGAGCUUUACUUGGUUGCGGUUGAGUUUCUGAUAUUAGAAGGUGACAACUUAGAGAAGUUGUUUCCAAACAUGGCCUUCAAAAUUGCAGGCCUAAAAGUUGCUGGGAAAAAAGGCUUUGUUCUGCUCACAGCCCUUGUAAUUUUGCCAACCACAUGGUUGAAGAGUUUGGGCGUGCUGGCCUAUUUUUCUGCUGGAGGGGUUUCGGCUUCUGUUGUUGUGGCUGGUUGUGUUUUCUGGGCUGGCGCAGUUGAUGGUGUUGGAUUCCAUGAAGGGGAUAUGCUUUUGAAUUUGGGUGGACUGCCUACUGCUAUAAGCUUAUUUGCCUUCUGUUAUUGUGGUCAUGCAGUUUUCCCCACACUACGCAAUUCCAUGAAAGAUAGAAGCCAGUUCUCUAAGGUUUUACUUGUCUGCUUUAUUAGUAGUACCAUCAGUUAUGGAUCAGUGGGCAUCCUAGGCUACCUGAUGUACGGACAAAAUUUGAAGUCUCAAGUGACCUUAAAUCUUCCAAUCAGAAAAAUCAGUACAAAAAUAGCAAUUUAUACUACACUCAUUCUUCCUCUCACCAAGUAUGCAGUUAUAAUUACUCCGGUUGCUACAGCUAUUGAGGAGACAUUUUCUAUUGGCAACAGCCGAUUUGCUACUAGUGUCCUCAUCAGAACGGCACUUGUGAUCAGCACAGCGUUUGUGGCCUGCACUGUACCAUUUUUCGGCUAUGUUAUGGCGUUUAUUGGCGCUUUUACAGGCGUUACAUUGUCAAUACUAUUACCAUGCCUGUGCUACCUAAAGAUGAACAAAACUGUUCGAAGUUUUGGGUUAGAGUUGAUAAUAAUUGUAGGAAUUUUAGUUACAGGGUCUUUUAUUGGUGUUUUGGGCACCUAUAUUUCCCUCAAACAAAUUGUAAAUCACCUCUGACAUUGAAGGUGGAUAGCACACCUCCGUAAACAGUUAUAAGAUUGCUUGGAAUC